CGUCAGCGAGUCCAGAGAGUCGAGUCGUCGUCGGAAGCGUUUUAAUUUUUAUUCUUAAAGCUCCUGCGGGUCAGGCUGCAAGUGAGGAUGGAGAGCUGGAGAGACCGACUGAAAAGGGUUGAGCAGCUCGCAGAGUGCUUCCAGCAGAAGCCUCUAUCGAGCCGGUACCGACCUCGACUCUGGCUGUGCCAACCUUCCUCUGUGUGGAAACUUUUCCCUCGACAAAGUCUGGCUAUCAGCUUCGCUCAGAGCUGCAAAGAGUCUGUCCAUGUUUUUGCACUUGAAAAGGAAAACACCUCUGCGGGUCAGAGGAUCUUCCUGGUCACCAGUUACAGUGAGCUGUGGCAUUACUACCGGACGUUCAGGCGGUCCCUGAUGCACUGCUAUGAGGUGAUACCAGAGGGCGCUGUUUGUAAACUUUACUUUGACUUGGAGUUUCACAAACCGUCCAACAAAGAUGCCGAUGGGAUUCAAAUGGUGUCAUUACUCAUUCAGUAUGUUUGUGAGAAGCUGAAGACCAUCUAUGGGCUGGAAUGUUCUGCCAGAGAUGUCCUGAAUCUUGACUCCAGCACUGAGGAGAAGUUCAGUCGGCACCUCAUCUUCAAUCUGCACGGCGCAGUUUUCAAAGACAAUACACACGUUGGCGGCUUCAUUCAUGCCAUUCUGCAACAAGUCUUGAGUGACGGCAGAGUGGAAGGGUCAGCGGCUGCAAACAGGAGCGAUGAGCUCGCACCUUCGCAGGCUCCAGACAAUAAGAGGCAAAAACAGGACGACUUGAGCUUCCUGCUGGUGAAGAAUAAAGACGCUCGCGACGCUCUCUUCGUGGAUCUCGGCGUCUACACCAAGAAUAGAAACUUCCGCUUGUAUCGCUCAUCAAAAGUGGGGAAGAACGCAGCGUUCGCUCUGGCUGAAGACAACAGGUUCAUUCCCAAAGCCCAGAAGGGGAUUUCAGCAGAGGAGAGCCUGUUUCUGUCAUCUUUGGUCUGCAACAUCAGCUUCACAGGUCAGAGAAUUCUGACCUGGGACGUUGAAGAGAGGAGGGAGGGGAAGACGAUGAGGCCUGACCCUAAGAAGACAAAUCCAAGUGACGAUUUGCUGAGUGGCUGUGUGUCGUCUCCUCAUCAAGAAGUGGACGACUUCGUCCUCACUCUGGUGAAUAAAGACGGGAUCCAAGGAAAUAUCCGGCGAUGGAACUACUUUGCUGUGGAGCAGCUGCUUGUCUAUGACAUCGGCAGGUAUCGCUGGUGUGAAAACGUCGGGCGCUUCCACAAGAGCAACAACAUCAUGAUCAUUGUGGAUCUGAAGAAGGAAGUUUGGUACCAGAAGUGUCACGACCCGGACUGCAGGAACUUCCGAUCCUCAAGUUACCCGCUGCCACAGGAGAUCAGUGUGGGCUUCCUCCUGAGCCUGGAUGAGGAGGACCAGGCCUAUCUGAUGGAUGAUGCUGGCAACAUCGAGCCCAGUCAGAAUCCAGGUGUCGGGCCGGAGAAGACUGACGACGGCUGGGGGGAGCAGCAGGAUGACCUCGACUGUCUGGAGAGUCUCAACAGCUUUGAGCAAGAUGACGGGAUUUCUGACCAACUCCUGCUGGGAUGUAUGGCGGAUUUUGACGCCCACUAGCAGAGCACCGUUCUGUGGAAACACGAGCGGCGUCAGCCGCUGUCCACCGACUCUGCAGUCCAGUUCCACUCACAGGAAGCCACUUUCCAACGUCGCCAGUGUGCAGCCAGCCGUCCUUGUCCAGCGCUUCAGCAGUCCUCUCGGGGUCACCCAGGUACCCCUGAAACACAUUUGGUCCUUUGACACAAACCUGGGGGUGAGAGAGUCAUUAGUUAUGCUGCAGCUUGCUGAGAGUGUGAAACUACCACCCUGAUUUAGUAACUUUCAAUUAAAAAAACAAAACAAAACAUAUAUAUAUAUAUAUAUAUAUAUAUAUAUAUAUAUAUAUAUAUAUAUAUAUAUAUAUAUAUAUAUAUUUACCAUGGCAAUGGUUGUCACCUUUGAAAUAGUUCCUUUUACUUUAAUUUCUUCACAAAACUGUUUUAACAUUUUACGUUUUGUCUUCAUGAGUUGACUUGCUUUUAAAAAAAAAUCCACAAUUUUUAUUUAUUUAAAUAUGUCAGCACAAAUGUUAAUUUUCUUGUAUUCAUAAUAUUUUGGUGCAAUUCCUCCCCAAAAUACUUUCAAGUUUUAG